GAUUGGUUAAAGUCUCGUGGCGAGACUCCGGUCACAAAAACAGAAAAGAUGGCAGAAAACGAAAGGUGUACUGGCGGUGGUCUGGAAUAUUUAGACAUGAAUGCUGAUAUUUUGUCAGCAGAUGAGUUUGGUAAUGCCAAUUUAGAAUCACUGGAUGAUAUAUUGAACUACAUUAACAGUGAUGUGCAGGGAGGAAGUGAUCUCUUCAAUAUACCCAUUAAGCAGGAACUGGAUGAAUUUACUUGUGAUGCCCAGCCAGUGAUUGUACCAACACCUAGCACUGAAUACUUGUUGACCCCACAAGGCUUCCAGAGUGACUCUUGUCCAGCUGAAAUCCUUGAAGAGCCUGUAAAGCUUGAUGCCCCGCAGCCCAUUGCGCGUAAUGCUCUGAAGACGUUACUAGAGUUAGACGACAACACUUCGUAUGGAAGUCAGCUACAACAGGCCGCGGCUCAGCUUCAGGCUGUGCAGCGUGCACAGAAGCUCAAACAGCUGCAGGCGCAAACACAGUACACACGUACGGUGCAGAAUCAAAGUCAAAACCAAUCACCCCAGGUACAGCAGAGGUCACAACAGCAGCUGAAGCUGAUACUGCAGCAGCCGCUGGUGACGACCACUGGUCCGCAGGUAAAGCAGCAGAUUCGAGAGAUCCGUGUGCAGACGGCAGCACCCCCGCAGUCACAAGCUCCAGCAGCUCCCGUCGUCCAGCCACAGCAGCAGGUGUCACAGGGUGUGGUGGGGCAGCUGAGUAUGCAACAGCUACAGCAGCUCAUACAGUCCCAGAUAGUUAAAGUUAACCGGAAUGAGACGUUGACUAAUGUUCCGGUAACCUCACCAGCAGUGACAAACAUCAGCACAUUGGAGCCAGCAAAUACUUCACCCAUUCAGAAUAUCGUAACCAGUAGCAACACAAUACUUACUACCACCAUUCCCAUCCAACUGGUUGAUAGUGAUUCCAUGAACAAAGUGCCAAUUAAUCGGCUGAACAGUUCUCAGAAAAGGCACGGCAGAGGGGAGAAGCGUACGGCACACAAUGCCAUUGAGAAGAGAUACCGACUGAGCAUCAAUGACAAGAUAAUAGAAUUAAAAGAAUUGGUUUCUGGGAAAUCGGAAACCAAGUUAAACAAGUCUGCUGUUUUGAGAAAAGCAAUUGAUUACAUCCGCCAUCUUCAAAAUACAAACAACAGAUUGAAACAAGAAAACAUGGCACUUAGGUUGGCAACUGGAAAACAAAGUCUUAAAGAUCUACUGCCAGUACAGCUGACUGGUAACACUUAUCCCAUGACUCCCCCUGAUUCCGACAGCAGCGUGCACUCUCCGCCAACCACCAGUGAAAGUGAAGAGUCCCCGCCAAAUAGUCCAUUAUUUGAUGACAUGCCAGAUUCGCCAAUGCUGGACUCUGGUGAUGAUAGCUUUGGUAUAUCCCCUGCGGGAAUGCUCGACCGAUCACGGAUGGUGCUCUGUGUGUUUAUGUUCGGCAUACUUGCAUUCAACCCAUUCAACAUGAUUCUUGGUGGAAGCAAUACAAAUGUAGAAAGUCCUGGUUACCAUGGUCGCACCUUGCAAGGACUGAAUGAAAAAGUUGGCCAAAGCUGGUACGAGUGGCUGUUCCCAACUGUGUUCCUUUGGCUGUUAAAUGGAGUGAUUGUUGCUGGUGUUCUAGCAAAACUUCUCAUCUAUGGAGAACCAGUCACUCGCAAGGACAGCAAUGCUUCAGUUUUGUUCUGGCGGUACCGUAGGCAGGCAGAUGUUGAGUUCUCGAGGGGUGCCUACUCCAAUGCGACCAAUUACCUGCGCCAGUGUUUGACCACCCUUGGACGACCCUUACCCACCUCCAAAAUAGACCUUGUUUCAGCUAUCAUGUGGCAGCUGUUUCGUCAAUUUCUCCACCGUCUUUACCUUGGCCGGUGGUUGUCAAACAUGGCGGGUGGUUUCCUUAAUGGCGAUGUCAAAAGUAGUGAUGUGAAAAUAUCAGCAAGAGAUGCAGCUCUGGUCUACCACAAGUUAAACCAGCUUCAUCUCGCAGGUAAGGCUGAGGUUGGAGUUCUCCGGGGCCUCAACUUAGCCCUGAGUGCAGUGAACACUGCAGAGGCUGCCAGAGAUGCUAUCUCCAGAUCCAUGCUGGCAGAAAUUUAUGCUACAGCUGCUGUUCAGAUUAAAGCUUCAUUCCAUGAUAAGCUGCAGUUCUUUGCUCGGUACUUUCUUAGUCAUGCACGAAGGGUUUGUGUGAAGAUUCGUGAAGACGUUCCACCAAACAUCCAGUGGCUUAAUCACCCUGAAGGUCAUCGCUUCUUUGUUGAUAGCGUCUUGGAUGUGCAUCAGAGAAAUGGUAUUUUGUCAAGCAGUCAAUGUGAAGUUGAUCCUCUGGCCAGUGUGACGCAGGCAUUCCGUGAACAUCUGCUGGAGCAAGCCUUGUACUCCCUGGUGUCUCCUCGCCACCCAGACAGAAGCAAAAGUAGUUUUGCCGAGACUGUGCUGUACACUCAGUUGCUGACUGACUGCUCGCGAUAUCACAAAGGAGACAGUGUGUCUGAACUUGGAAUUGGAUCAAAUGCAGGAGUUGACGAUGUCUCCCGCUGGUGGGCAGCUGUUGUCAGUGUUGCAUACUAUUGGUUGCUUGGUGAUGAUGAAAAUGCAGCCCGACAUUAUGGCAUUCUGGACACAUUCCCAAAGAAACUGCAAACUUCAGAUGAUCCGCUACCCAGAGCUGUACUAUUUGCCUACAAAGCAAGAAAAAAUUUCAUGAUAUCAGCCGACAACUUCAAUAAUAAGACUUGUAUUCGACAUUGUGACAGAGCAGGGCGGCUUCUGAGAGAAAGUCUGAAACUGGUGUAUGUGGAUGAAAAUACCAAUAUUGUUAAGGCAGUCCAGUUGCUGCUGUGUGACUGGCUACUGACGACCCGGACGAACAUCUGGGAGCAGUCUAACAGCUGGCAGGAGCGCGGCCAGCCCGCCUCGCAGACAGAGAUGAUUGCUUUCCAGCAAGACGUUGCUAGCCUGAGAAAACUCUCACAAACCAUGAAGUCAGCCUUGCCAAAGGUUUUCCUACAUGAGGCAACCGCCAGAAUAAUGGCUGGAGCAAAUCCUGCUUGUACACAGCACCUGUUGAACCGCAGCAUAAGACAACACAGUCGCAAAAGUUCAGAAUCCGAUCCAUUUGAUUAUCAUGAGCAUGAGGAGUUGCCAGAUCGAGAACAUGCAACAGCAUUGCUAAUGGCUGGUAGACAUCUUCCAGAACCAUUGGUUGCUAGCGUUGGUGAUCGCAUCAGUUUGAUCACUGAAGCCAGCAGUAUGUACGAAGCACUUGGAGAUAGGAAGUCUGUUCUGCUGUGUCGGCAGACACUGAUGAAAAUAGAACAAAAAUCUAAUGAAAUUCUUGUAGAUUGUUGAUUUUUUUUUUUUUAUUCUGUCUCGUUCUUGUCUUAUUUAUAUUAUGUGAGCCAUUUUUGCGUACAAUAUUGUUUGUUGAUGGACACGUUUAAAAACAUUUUAAUACCAUGAUACUGUUGUUGACACUGUACAUUGAAAAAAUGUAGAUUUAAGCUUCUUUCAUUCUGUUUUUUCUAAUCUGCAAGAAAAUUAUUAUUAUUUUAUGUGCUUCAUUAUAAAUACUUUGUCUUGAGUUUUGUAUACACAAAAUCUGUAAAAAUUGUGUUGUUGUUACUAUUAUUAUUAUUUUUAUAUCAAUUCAUAUUUGAUUUUUCUUUUUUUAAAUGGUUCCUCCUGAAAAUUACAUAUAGGUCUUAUGAGAAACUAGAUCUAGAUUAGUACACGAGGCUUUUGGAUAUUAGCUGACAUUUGUGUGAACAAGAAUCCUGUGUAUUUAAAAAGUAGUAAUAACUCGUCUGCUAAGCAGAACGAUUUGAAUGUUAACAUUAAUUCUUCUGUUUUUAUUUACAUCUUGAAUUUUUUUAUUGAUGUUGAUCAUCACUUUAUUUGUUUGCAUUACCAUAGUUUGACACCCAAUAGCCGAUGUAUUUUUCGUGCUGGGGUGUUGUUAAACAUUCAUUCAUUCAUUGUCAAGGUAUUAGUGACACCCUGGCACGAGAAAAAUAAAAGGACUCGUUGAUUAUUGUAUGAUUUUUUUUUUUUAUGAGUUUUUCUACCAUGUUCAUUUAAUAGUAAUUGUAGAGAGAUGUUCAUGUAUCAAAAAAGCAUUUGCAAUACAUUUCAUUGUUUUGAAAUGUUAAAUUUGCCACAAGUGAUAUGCAUGGUUAUUACACAUUUUUUGUGUUCCGAUUGACAGCUUCUGUUGGCUGUCAAUUAAAAUAGAAUGUGUACAAUACAUAUAUCACAAUUAAGUACCACAUUGCAUGACAAAAAAAAGGUUUAGCUCAGUGAGAGGUGGGGUUUAAAUGGUGUAUAGUAUAUAGCUUUAUUGCACACACUUGUCAAUGGGAAAACAAUGUAAGCAUGGUACAACCAUCAUUAGUAGAUAACCAAAUGGUGUUUUCAUAUGUAUUGUACCAUUGUCGAUCUUGUAAAUAACUGACAUGCAAGUUCAAGUUCUUUAUUUGCUUUGUGAUUUACAACUCGUCAGUUGAAUACAUAACAUAAAUAAUGCAACAUAGUUAUACAAAAUAUACAUGUGCAAAACAAUGGUGGGUGUGGUUUAUAUAUAAUCAUGGACAAAUAAAAUGAUAUAAGUUACAUUUAUUACAUUAACUAUCAUCCUGCAUUAACCGAUCUCUAAUUGUAUUUGCGUGCACUAAAUAUUUUCCUAGGUUAUUCAAUUCCUUAUUGUUACCAGUGGCAUGCAAACAUCCUAUCUAGUUUGUGGUAAUACCAGUUAUGUAAUGAGAUUUUUUUAAACUUGGCAGUCACAAGAAGAUAUUUACAGACUCAAAAAAAAAAAAUCUGAAAUGUUUUGGAGAGUACUGGGGGAGAUUUAGCAGUUGAGGUACAUUUUUGUUUUACUGUACAUAUCAUAGUGCUAAAUAAUAUUUAUGUAUUUCUCUGUCAAAUGUGAAUAAAUGUUUAUUUUUAUGUCUU